UCUCCAUAUGCCAAAAAUAAAACUGCGUACGUUUAACAAUUCCCAAAUUCUGCAGUGGUGUGCACCGGACACCCUUACUCUUGUAGCUGCACAUCUUCAAGAGUGUUGCACGCCCAACAUGUCCUCUACUACUAUGAAAACACCUGCAAAAGAUUGGCAUUGCAGUGCUUUUGGAAUCUCAUAAUUCCUCCUUUAUUCAUGACCACAAGUCAUAAAACAAGACAUUGUAUCGCAUGUAAAUCAAAACAGACUAAUGCCUUCAUGCAAUUAUGCAAUUUUUAGCCAAUGAAUAGUUGCAUACAUCUUUUGAGAAUGUGAAUAUUCCAAAGAAUCAUCGAACGUUCAUACCUGACUAUGUACUUGGCAUCUCAAAACAGUAUUAUAUCCUGUCGAGGAAAUGAAUUUGCCAAUUGGUUUCGGAAUUGGAGCGAAUUGGUGAAUACCAGGAAGAGAGUACAUGGUUUCAUUUGAGUUUCGGAUAAUAAAUGUAUGCAAGAGAGAAUCGUCACCUCUUGAAAACAUGUCAAGAGACAAAUGCAUUUUGAACUUCCCUGAUGAAGAGUAUAUUCUACACAAAAAAUAUGAUGAAAACUAUGGAAUACGCAAGUCCAGUUACUUCCAGAGUUCUUCCAUUGGGAUCCCACGUUCUUUAGCAACUUCACUGAAUUGCCUCAUUUUCAUCACUGCAACAACUGUGGCUCUUGCAUUGUUGAGGGCAUUGUUACUUCCAAGCUGUUUCCCCAAGGCAUUUUCAACACCCGCCAUCUCCAAAACAAUCCUCACUGCACCUCCAGCAAUCACUCCAGUACCAGAGGAAGCGGGUCUAAGCAUCACCUUUGCUGCCCCAUAGUCUCCCUCGGAUCUG